GAAGUUCAAAUUUGCAGUUGAUGGUAUCCGUCUCAGUUCACUCUGUUCCGGCGCAAGUAUUGUCUUAGCGGCAGUGGUUGCUGCUCCGUUUUCAGCUAAUCUCUCGAUCUCGAGAUGAAUCUGUAUCGCCAUCAUCACCGUCUUCAUCAUCUUGAGCUCCUUCCGGUAGGUCGUCGCUCUCCAUACAAAGCCAUGCCCAUGGCCAUCCCAAAGCGCCCCUCCUCUCACUUUUGCUGCGGUUAUCAGACACUUCUAACCCGACCCAACAACUCUCCUCUUCUUCUCCGUGCCGCCCGCUUUCGCCUCGCCUGCAACAUGAACGGCUCAGAUAUAAUAUCACAGCUGGAACUUGGGAAGCCAGAAGAGAAGAGUAAGCCAGAGAGGCGCGUAAAUGGGAUAUUCUGGAUCCUUCUUCUUAAUCUUGGAAUAUAUGUGGUGGAUCACUUAUUUCAGGUUCGGGGAAUCAAAAUCUUGUAUCUGUACCACAAUUGGCCUGCAUGGUACCAGUUUGUGACGGCCACAUUUUGUCAUGCGAAUUGGAACCACCUCUCCAGCAACCUAUUCUUUUUGUAUAUUUUUGGAAAGCUCGUUGAGGAGGAGGAAGGGAACUUUGCAUUGUGGCUUACUUAUAUCCUAACAGGUGCUGGCGCAAAUAUUGUUUCAUGGCUGGUCUUACCAAGAAAUGCAGUUUCUGUUGGAGCAUCAGGUGCUGUAUUCGGGCUCUUUGCAGUUAGUGUUCUCGUGAAGAUGUCGUGGGACUGGAGGAAGAUCCUUGAAGUGCUCAUACUGGGCCAAUUUGUUAUAGAGAAGGUGAUGGAAGCGGCGCAGGCAUCCACAGGGCUGUCGGGCAGUUUCCCGGGGGGCUAUGCCUUGCAGAAUGUUAAUCACAUAGCACACCUAUCCGGUGCUUUGAUCGGUGUAGUUCUGGUAUGGCUUCUGAGCAGAGUUCCUUCUCAGCCUCCAGACCAAGAUGGAUCACUUAGGCGGCUGAAGAAACAAUGAACUAGAGAAUGAUGCAUGCUUAUCAGGUUGUCAAUUUACAUUGAUCCAAUAGGAAAAUGUUUCCAAUACAUACUGUAGUGUUGUUAUAGAAACCCAUUGUUUUAUAGAUAGGAAUCAUCAUCUGUAAGAAAGGUCAAUUUGUAACAAUCAAAUUGAUUGAUUUAAUACUCGACGUUUAAAAGUGUAUUGGCUUGUCUCUGGUUAAAUGCUUUUAUGGUCUGCAACAUUGGAGUAGCUUCGUAUCGCCAAUCGUGACUCUUCACCAUCCAGAGCUAAUAAUGUACUUUGGGUGGUUUUUAUUAUUUUUGUUACUUUAUUAAUAUAUAUCGAUUGUGAGUGUAAGUACGUGUUGUGGGGA